AUGACUUUAACAACUUUAUUAACUGGAUAUAAAAUUCAUAAUUUAAAUUUCCAACUUAAUAAAGAUAUAAUAUCAUAUGUUACAAUUUUAUUGUUACUAUGCUGUUAUGCAAAUACUGAUAACACUAUAAAUACAACUAAUAAUGAAUAUCAAGAAAAGACUUUACUAAACUUAACAUUAUUAUUCAAUGAUAGUGAUCAAUUAAAUAAUAAAAAAUUGAAUGAUUGUUCAAUUUCUUUAACAGAAUUUAUUAUUUAUUUUUAUAUUCAACCUAUAAUUUGUUUUAUUGGAUUUAUAUUGAAUAUAUUGAAUGUGAUUAUAUUUUGUAGACCACAAUUUUCAGGAGCUGCUUAUGCUUAUAUGAUUGCAAUGUCAUUAGCUGAUGCAAUUACAUUAAUUAGUUAUAUGCCAUCUGGUUUAGUUAGGUGCGGCAAAUACUUCGUUUAUUGUCAGCAUCCAGAGUUCAGAAGAUUUCGUAUUUAUCUACUCUACUAUAAUGCAUAUAUUCUCUUUCCAAUCGGAAAUAUUUCAGAGACAGCAAGUGUAUGGUUUACUCUAGUUCUAUCUGUAGAACGUUACUUAACUAUGAGCCAAAUAGGUUCAGCAUAUCAAAAUAAACUCAGGAUUCAAUCACCUAACACAUUACAUUCAAAACAAAAAAGUGAAAUAUUGUAUAACACAAACCAUUCAACUUAUACCACAGAAUAUCAAGAAACUUUUAAUGGAGAUAAAAAAUCGCCAAAAAGGGAUUCAAUUGAAACAGUAGAAAAUAUAGUGGAACAGCAACAGCAUAGUGAACAACAAACAACGGUGGGUAAUUUCAAAUGGUAUGAAAAGCUCUCGAACUGUUGUAAUUUAUCAAUAUUAAAACAACAUAUCAGAAAUAGUUUGACCAAUAUUCCAACGCCAAAGUCUUUAUGUAUCUUACAUAAAUUACACCAUUCACAUUUAGAUAGAUCAAUAGGACGUUGUAGUUUAAAUAAAUGCAUACAACUGUAUGCUUGCCGAAAUUGUAACUUCAAACAUUCACUAAUUUUUAUAACAUUUUUCAGUAUACUACUUAAUUUGCCACUAUUCUUUGUUCAAAAAGUUGUCAGGAAAAAUAAUCCUAUAAAAAAACCAACAAUUAAACAAAUGGAAAACAAUAAAACAAGUGAGUGGCUACAUACUAUAUCAAACCACUUCAAUAAUUUAACUUCAACUGAUAAUCAAUACAAUCAGGGUCAAAUACAGGUUUUCACUGGGCUUACAGAAUUCGGUAAUUCAGACUUUUAUAAGAUUUUCUCAUGGACACGUAUUAUGUUAAUACAAGUUUUACCGUUAUUAUUCCUAUGCUUCGUCAAUUUUUGUUUAUUGCGUUUCAUACAUAUAGCAAAUAAACGUCGUCAAAGGUACUUAUUACCAGAUAUGUCUAAUAAAAAAACCGGCCGUUUUAAAUUACAUAAAGCAAAUUUGCGCAGCACAAAAGUUAAUAAAGCUUCAAGCACCAAAUGGCAAGCGGCACAGCGUAAAUUAACCAUUUUAUUAAUCGUUAUUAUUUGUUUAUUCAUAGCCGGACAAAUACCACAAGCAUUUGCAUAUAUUACUAUAUUUGAAGCAUUUAAUAGACAUUUUGGUAAUGUAUGCAAACGAUGGAGAUGUUGUCCUCCAUAUUUGAUUUAUCGUUCAAUAGCGCAUAUGUUGGGCUUAUUUACUUACUCUAUUAAUUUUUUUGUUUAUCUUACAUUGAAUAAACAUUUCAAACAACAAUUAAACAUUUGGUUCCUAUUGAUAUGCCCUAUUAGUAAACAAUUUCGGAACAAGUGUUUAUUAAAACAAAACAAAUCAAUAAAUCAUUCUUAUGAUCAAUCAAAAUCUAAAUUAUCAUUCACAAAUCAACAUAAAUCAAUAUCUCUACCUCGUACUAAUCUUUAUUAUCGUAUGUGUAAAAGAAGACGUUCAUCUACGUUAUUUUGUAAUCCUACAAAACGACUAAUAUCAAUUGACAAUACAGAUUUAUCUUCUGAAGCUGUUUCAGCUCCAGUUGAUUUAUGCACCAGUUCAAAAUGGAAAAAUAAAGAUUUUCUACAAUUAAAUGAAAUGAAAAAAGAUUUAUUAUCAACAACUAUUCAUCAUUCCCCUCAAUAUAUGAACAAAAUCAAUUCAAUUAAUAAAUCAGAAAAUACUAUUGAUUAUAUCAAAAUGAAUUAUUCCUCAGUACCUGCUAUUAAUGAAGUAUCAAAUUAUUUAGUCAUAUCAAAUCCUGUUAAUACAGAUAAUAAUCUACUUUAUAAACCUAUAGAAACUCAAUUUCAACAAUCAUCUUUAAACACUAAAAAUAAUGAUCCAUCAAUUAAUUUUAUACAAUCAACAAAUUGUCAAACAGAAAUAAAAUAUGAUUUAAAUAAUCCAUCAUGUAUUUAUAAAACUUUUCGUGCUUAUUAUUCACAUGAUUCAGUGAUAAAAAAUUGGAUAUUUCAAUUAACUAAUAAUAAUGAUAAUAAUCAAAAUACUAAACAAAUUACAUCACAAUUACAUUCAAAUCAAUUAAUAACAAAUGAACAUAAUUUAAACAAUAAUUUACAACAUGGUCAAUAUGUUCAGAAUUAUAAUAAGUGUAAAGAAAAUAUGAUUAAUAAUGCAAAACAAAAUAUUAUACAUUGUGUAAAUCUGAAUAUGUUGCGCAAUAGUAAUAAUAAUAAUAAUAAAGAUUAUUAUAAUAAAAGUAAUGAUAAUAUUAGUAAUAGUACUAAUAGUAGUACUAGUAAAAACAGUAAUAGUGCGAUAACAAAUUCAAAAACUUGUACUCAUUCAAUAAUUGAUUCUGAUUCACAUGGUGUUGGUUUGACAUUUUCACAUGUUUAUUGUCCACUUAUAUAUAGAGAGAGUGAUUUUGAUGUGAUUUCAGUUGAUGAAAGUAAUGCACAAGAUGAACCAGAGCCUAAUUCAUUUUUAUAAAGUUAAGUAUAUGUUUUAUGAAAUAACAUAUGAACAUUUGUUUAUAAUAAAAGAAUUAAUAUUUUCGUUCUUAAUGUUAUAUCUAGUAUAAGAAGACUAGGAUCUAUGUAUCGUUGAAACAUAAUAGCACAUAAAUAAACAACAUAGUAUACAUCUAAUAUUAUUCUCAGAUAUAAAUACUUGCUAUCGUUUCAAUGUUGUUUCUUCAUUUAUAGUUUUACCAUGGUCAUAAUCAUCGUAUGAGUAAAAUUCUUCCUGAUACAUCGGUGUAUUUUAUAAAAGAUAUAAAUAUUUAUAUACAUAAACAUUUCACUGUGAAUGUUAUUUAUGGUAUAAUAUACGUGUUGCGGUAUAUAGAAUUAGUGUACAGUAAAAUUCUUUUUAUUGAACAAGCUAUAAGGUCAUUCCUACUUACAGAAAGAAGAAAGAAUUUAUUGACAAAUAUUUUUCUAAAAAAUAUAUAUAUAUAUUUUUAUGUUGCCCGUAGUUUGAUCUCACUUUAUAAACUUGCUGUACGAUUACAACUUUUUUGUAGUACACUAUUAGGUAGAGCCUUAUUACAUUUUCUAAACUAUUCAUAAUGCUGUAAAGUAUAUGUAUAUAUUUCAAUAGUACCUGAAUUAUUUAUUAGGUUACAAGAUUCAAAUAAAACUUAUUACAAUAAACGAAUUUUCCAUUUGUUAAAAGGCAGAUUUUGUGGAGUUUAACCUUGAAAUCAAGACUAACUACGCUAUACAGUGCAGAUCUAAACAUUAUUUACUUUAUUUAAAACUUAAUCAUUAGAGAUGCUUUCAUUCUAUUAUCUUGAUUGAGUGACUUCAUAUAUACAUUAGAGCUAUAUAAAGAGGUCAUCCAAUCAUCAGAAAUAUUGCUAUGACCAAUUCACCAAGCUUGUAUUUUGCAUCAAGAAUAGCUAUACGAGGAUAAAUUUCGUUUCUGUAUAUAACUUGAUAGCUUAUAAAAAUAUGAUCGUACAAACCAUUUUACGCUAAAUAAAAACAUGCUUUCACUUAUUAUUAUCUAAACACACAAGAAGUAGAUGACUAAUAUGUAGAUUUUUAACUGUAAAUAAAAAUUGGGUGUUUGUCAAUAAUGUUACCAUUUCCUAAAUAAUUCGUCAAUGUCACACUUACACGUUAAAACUUAAAAAUAUUGCUUCUACCACUGAAAGCUUCGAUAGUUUUAAACUAAUUAACAUCCAUGGGUUAUAUUUUGGCACUAUAAGACUGGGUGUGCGGCAUUUCAUAUUAACUAAUAGUUUGGUUCUACAUUCAUGGGUCAAGCGAUUACUAACCUACAGAAACAAUCCUUUAUUCAAAUAAGAAUUCAUUACAAAAACACUGAAUCUUUGUGCGAUACAAAAAUGUAAAGCAGGAGAGAAACACAGCGAAUUGAACAUUAAGUAAAGUGGCCUUCCGGAGGAUAAUUCGAUUAGCAGAUAUUAAACGGAACUAAGUAAUCAAGUUUCAGGUAUCAAUAAAACCAAAGAGCAACAGGAACCAUUUCCAAACUAGUAACCAACAAUACUUGAGUGUUCGAAAUUCCAAAAACCAGUAAGUCACUUGAAGAAGAGUUCUAGGACUUUUCACAGAAACUUCUAAAAGUGGAGCAAAAACAUAUUAACAGGUAGUUGUUUAAAACAAACCUGCAAACAAAAUUCGGCAAAAAUUGACAAAUUUUAGGAUACAAAGACGCAUUGCAGUAAAUAAACAACAGUCGAAACAGAACACAGAAAAAAUAACGAAAGUUAAAAGAGUCGAACGUUAACUUCAAAAGAUGCUAAUAUACAAUGCGAGGUGAAUUCCAACCAUAUUUCUAAAUCUAACAAAACUGUUCGCAACCAGUACACGACUACACAAUCCGGCUACAUGAGUCAGGCUUACACUUACCAAACCAAAGAUAUCACAUAGAACACAAACAAUGGAAACCCUAGUAGUCGGGAAACAAUUUUGCGCAGUCUACUACUUCAUACUUAGGCGACUGGUGCUGCAACUGCGUAAUAGAAACAUUAACGACAAAUAAAAGAUGAACAAAAGUAAACCUUCUAGACACCAUCUACCUUUUCAAUCGACACUUAAUACCGAUGUGCAUCGUCGAAACAACCAAUUUAUCCGAACACAAUAGACCCUACCCAACGCACCACUGUGAUCACUGACUUGUCUCGACAUUUAUACAUGUAAUCUGUAUAUACAUAUCUAUGAUACUUCGUUACGUUCAGUGCUGGAAACCCAUUUGACAAUUUAUCCUGAAGAGAUCACCUCACAGUCAACACCCGAACAUGAAACCGACACAUCAGUCAAGAAACACUGUGCUAAGCACCUGUUCUUUGUUGGUGACCUACAACAAACUGUCCUCGCAGGCAAACUCCAGUCUGAUCUUUAUUCGAUGGAAUAUAGCAUUUACACACUUCCAAAAUAGAUAUAUCCCACCGUCUUUAUCGAUGUUCAAGCCAGUCCGCAUAAAAUUCUGUUAAAUUUAGACUAAGACACUAAUGAGCAUCAACAUUUAAAUAAAUAAAGUGUACUAUCAGGCUGCUGGAUAAGCCAUCAAACACAGGAAGACCUCCUUAAACUAAGCAUAUGAAGUAUGUAGUGUAAACCAUUUAUUAAGCACAGGCUUAUAAACUCGACUUUGAGUCGCACUGUUUGUGUGAAAGCUAAUGAUAUUAACCGAAUUCCCCAAACCGAGGUAGGUGAGGUGGGGUUAGAGCCCGCAACUUAUCGGUUGAUAUAUACUUACAACACUGAAACAACCAUGUUCAGCGCAUUGUCAAAACAUUGCAUUGGAAUCACG